AAAAAUCAUACCACUUAAUACUAUCAAAGAGUUAACAUGAAGUUUAUAAUACAACUGCUAUGUUUUACUGUAGCUUGGGCAUCGCCAAGGCUGGACCCACUUGUGGACAGCAAGAAGGGUCUGAUCCGAGGACUGCAGGCGACAGAUGGAGACUAUGCCAUGUUCCUUGGUAUACCAUAUGCUAUGGUCAACUAUAGCAAUCCAUUUGGGCCAUCACUACCAUAUCCUGACUUCGAAGACACAUUCGAAGCUACCGACGAUUCAGCAAUUUGUCCACAACUGGAAGAAUUCAGUAACCAAAUAACUGGCUCACUUGAUUGUUUACAUCUCAACUUAUACGUACCAAACACUGCGACCAGUUUAAACAGACUCCCAGUUCUAGUUUGGAUUUAUGGUGGUGGAUUCCAAAUUGGUUACGCUGGAAGAUACGUAUACGGACCGAAAUAUUUAGUCAGGAAUGAUGUCAUUGUGGUCACGAUUAACUAUCGCGUUGGACCUUACGGUUUCAUGUGUUUGGAUACACCAGAUGUACCAGGAAAUCAAGGCUUAAAAGAUCAAUUAAAUGCUUUAAGAUGGGUCAAAGAAAACAUUGGUGCUUUCGGUGGUGAUGCUAACAAAGUUACUAUAUUUGGUGAAAGUGCUGGAGCUGCGUCUGUUGAUUUCCAAUUAUUAUCCAAACAAGAGAAAUUGUUUGAUAAAGUAAUAAUGCAAAGUGGUACAACAUUAGGCCAUUGGGCGAUAGUUGAUUCUAAUGAAAACGCACCUAUUUAUUUAGCUGAUAAAUUAGGAUUUGAAACUGAAGAUACUAACAAAGCUAUAGAUUUCUUAGCUUCAGUUGAUCCAAAAUUAGUUAUAGCAGUUGCAUUAGAAUCGAAUUUGAGUUUCAUGCCUUGUGUUGAGAAAGAAUUUGAUGGUGUAGAAAGAUUCGUAGACGAAUAUCCGAUUAAUAGUGACAUACCAAAAGCGAAAAACAUACCGAUUCUUACAGGAUAUAAUAAUAGAGAAAUGCUAGUAGGUGCAUAUAUCGGAGAAAAUUUAGAUUUGAAUAUAUUUGAAAAAUAUUUAUCAAUGGCAUUCAACUUUGAUGAUGAUGAAUUGGUGACAUUAGUCAAACAAUUCUAUAUAGGUGAUGAGAAUAACGUCGAUGAUUUGAAAGAAAAUCUUAUUGAUUUCCAAUCAGACAUGAUGUUCAAUCAUCCUGUACACAGAAGUGUUCAGAAGUAUCUAGAUAAUUCUGGAGAUGUGUAUCAUUAUAUAUUCUCGUAUUCUGGUGAUAGGAAUUUUAUUAAAUGGAGAUUCAACAUAACUGCAGACGGAGCAGGACAUGCUGAUGAAAUUAGUUAUUUAUUCGAUGUUGCAAUUAUGAAAGAACAACCUACAGAAGAGGAUCAACUUGUUAUCGAUAGAAUAACAACGAUGUGGACUAAUUUCGUCAAGUAUGGUAACCCAACACCAGAAAGCACAGAUUUAUUACCAGUCGAAUGGAAACCGGUGACCAAUGAGGCUCUAACAUACCUCGACAUCGAUAAGGAACUGACGCUAAAGAAACGACCAUUCCACGACCGAAUGGCAUUCUUGGAUCUAUUCUAUACCAUGAACAAACAUUUAUUAAAAGGAUACAAGGAUAAUUAAUAUAGAAUAUCACUGUAGUGACUUAACACAUAGUGUUUUCUCUAUUUUCUCAAAGAGAAUGAAAGAGACAUUCAAUUAUAAUAUUAGUUAUAAAGUGGA